CUGUUCCGAGUGGGGGCGGGCGGGGCGAAGGCUUCCUCCCUCCUCCUCCUCCUCCUCCUCCUCCUCCUCCUCCUCCUCCUCCUCCUUUCCCUUUCCCUCCUCCUCCCCGAGUCCCCUCUCCGAGGGCCCAGCCCCUUCCCCCCGGCGGAGCAGGGCCGUGCGGCGGCGGCAGCAGCAGCAGCAGCGGCGUCUCCUCCUCCUCCCCCUCCCGGCCGUGCCGGACAAUAGGGGCGAGCGCGGCGUGUGUCUCACCCAAAGCGGCCCCCCCAGGCCGGCCUCGCCUCCAUGCGCGGCGCCGGGCAGCGGGGCUGACAGCGGCUCCCGCCGGCGGCAGCGAGGCCGAGGGAGCGGCGGCCCCGGGCUCCGGGCCGGGACUCGCCGCCUCGGGCGCUGACUGAGGCGUCCCGCUUCGCCGCCUCCCCCUCGCCCCCGGCGGCCGUUCCCGCCAGGCUUUGGCGGCGGAGGACAAAGGCCCGGGGCCCGGCGCGGCCCGGCCCGACCCCCCGGGGGGUGCGGGGGCGGCGAGGAGGCGCCGGGCCCCCGCGGGCUUUUGCCGCGGGCUUCCCCCCCGCCGCCCCGCUGCGGCGAGCCCUGCGCGGGCAGGUGCGGCGGCGGGCGAGGCCGCUGCCCUGCGGCGGGUCGGCGCACGGAGGCUUCUUCAAUGGAAGUAUGCUACCAGCUACCGGUGCUGCCGCUGGACAGGCCGGUGCCGCAGCACGUCCUCAGCCGCAGAGGGGCCAUCAGCUUCAGCUCCAGCUCCGCGCUCUUCGGCUGCCCCAACCCCCGGCAGCUCUCGCAGAGACGUGGAGCGAUUUCCUAUGACAGCUCUGAUCAGACUGCAUUGUACAUUCGUAUGCUAGGAGAUGUGCGAGUAAGAAGUCGGGCAGGAUUUGAAACAGAGAGAAGAGGUUCUCAUCCAUACAUUGAUUUCCGUAUUUUUCACUCAAAUUCUGAAAUCGAGGUGUCUGUGUCUGCGAGAAAUGUGAGAAGGUUGCUUAGUUUCCAGCGAUACCUGAGAUCUUCCCGUUUUUUCCGUGGUAUCACUGUUCCAAAUUCUUCAAACAUUUUAGAUGAUGAUUAUAAUGGACAAGCAAAGUGUAUGCUGGAGAAGGUUGGAAAUUGGAAUUUUGAUAUUUUUCUUUUUGAUAGACUGACAAAUGGAAACAGUCUAGUCAGCUUAACGUUUCAUCUGUUUAAUCUUCAUGGACUAAUUGAACACUUCCAGUUAGAUACGAUGAAACUUCGUAGAUUUUUGGUUAUGGUUCAAGAAGAUUAUCACAGUCAAAACCCUUAUCAUAACGCAGUUCAUGCUGCUGAUGUGACUCAGGCCAUGCACUGUUACUUAAAAGAGCCCAAGCUUUCCAAAUCUUUAACUCCAUGGGAUGUUCUGCUCAGUUUAAUAGCAGCUGCCACACAUGAUUUGGAUCACCCAGGUGUUAACCAACCUUUCCUAAUUAAAACAAACCAUUACUUAGCAACCUUAUAUAAGAAUACCUCAGUAUUAGAGAACCAUCACUGGAGAUCAGCAGUGGGGUUGCUGAGAGAGUCUGGUUUAUUUGCACAUAUGUCAUUAGAAAACAGGCAGCUGAUGGAAAGCCAGAUAGGUGAUCUCAUUCUUGCCACAGACAUCAGUCAGCAAAAUGAGUAUCUGUCCAUGUUUCGAUCCCAUUUGGAUAGAGGAGACCUAUGUUUAGAGAAUGCGAACCAUCGUCACUUCAUUUUACAGAUGGCUUUGAAAUGUGCUGAUAUUUGUAAUCCAUGUCGGACGUGGGAGCUGAGUAAGCAGUGGAGUGAAAAAGUAACAGAGGAGUUCUUCCAUCAAGGAGAUAUUGAAAAAAAAUAUCACUUGGGUGUGAGUCCACUUUGUGACCGACAGACGGAAACUAUUGCCAACAUCCAGAUUGGGUUUAUGACCUACUUAGUGGAACCACUGUUUGGGGAAUGGGCCCGGUUUUCAAACACCAGGCUGUCACAGACAAUGCUUGGCCACCUGGGACUGAACAAGGCUAGCUGGAAGGGAGUGCAGAGGGAACAGUCUGGCAGUGGUGACGAUGUUGACCCCGCUUUUGAGGAAAUGGACUCAGACAUAUUACCUCAGGAACCUCGAUUGUCCUGACCUCAAUCUUCAUGACAAAACUGCCUCUUCUCUUGGUAUCUGCACGGUUGCAUUAAAGGAGAUACUUGCCAGCCCAAGGUUUUGGUAAAAUGGUAAAAUGAUGCCAGCAUUAUUUAUUUCCAAGUUUUCCUUUGACACAGACCAUUUGAACCAGAAUUUUUUUAAACUGCAAGAUCUGAACAUAGAGCAAUAUGCAUACGCCUCAGUUGGUUUUCGUUCGGAACCUUGAAUAUGCAAAGCACAGCAGUGACUGAGCCUUGGAGGAACAGUACAAAAGCUUCAUUGUGCCACAUGGCUUUGUUUUUUUGGUGACAUUUGGAAUAUGGUCUUCAAAUCUAAGACUUGAGAUGGAUUGUUCCACUUUCUUGGAAUUUAGCAAGACUUGCAUAAAUGUGUUCAAAGCAUACCUUCCACUCAGUCCCUGUUUUAAUACGGAAAUGUGAAGUGCCCAUCCUCUGCUGCCUCUGGCAAGACUUGAUGUUUACAAAUGUACUCUGAAACUAUUGGUUCUAGACUUAACCUUUGCGCAUGGCUGUGAAGGAACCACUAACUUGGUUUUUUUGCUUUUUUUAAAAGAAAAAGAUCAAAUCUGAGACUGCAGCUCUUGUUUCUUUGGAUGCCAGAAAAGCCUCCCAUUUGCCAUAAUUUUGUUUGUGCACUGGGAACUGAGCAUUCAUCAUACAGCACAGCCAAGCUUUACUCCAGUGCUAUAUGGGAAUGCAAUUUUUUAACGGCAGAAAACACUUCUGAAUUUGGGAAGGGAAGGGGUGGGGGUGGGGGGGGAAGCGUCCGAACUGCAUUGUGAUUCUGCAGUGGAAACAUCGCAUGUUGUUUUCACUAUUGUACACUUGAACUGCACAUGCAAGAAAAAGGUGGAAUGUCUAAACACCAUAAUCAGCUCAGGGUAUUUGCCAAUCUGAAAUAAAGUGGGAUGGGAAGCGUGUCCUUCAGAACAAGGGUACAAAUGCCCCUUUCGCUGCAGCGUGUGUGUAUGUGUGGGUGUGUGUAUGUUUGGGACGGGGGAGGGUGGGAGGGAGGGAACCGGGAAGGGUUUGAACGGCAACAUUUUUUUUUUUAUUUUAUUUAUUCUUUUAGAAUGUGACAAUUUCAUGAACAGCCACAUUGGGGAGGAAACUGUAACAAAUUGCUACAGAUGCCUUAAACUAUGCACAAAGCUAAGUGACCAAAUUUGUUUUUGAUUUGAAAAAUAAUAAUAAUAAUAAUAAUAAUAAAAAAAAUAGUGCAUUGUUUACGUAUUCCUCCCUCUACUGAAACAUUACCCACUAAAGGGUUUUUGAUGGGAAAAGGAGAAAAUGUUUUUUAGGACAAAAUUAAAGGACUAAUUUUAAACUUAAAACAUUCCAUUUUUGUAAUUUGUUUUACAUUGUUUUAAGUACAGUAAGCACAACUGUAAUUAGUUUGAGAAACUGGUGCUUUCUUUUAGUUCAUUUGUAUUUCCCUGUUAUUAUUGUAAAAGACUGUUUCUUAAUUCUGUUUACAGUUUGUUGCAACAGCCAUUUUUGGGAGAGAGCUUCAGCGUAAAGCCAUUUGUAAAGGCUUUGCCAUAUUCAUUUUAAUAUGUGCCUGUUGCUGUUAACUUUUAAUUAAUAAAAAAAAUCUUUUCACAUUAUGCUCCUGUACAUUUAAGUUACGACCGAGUCCAGCAUUAUGGAAAGGUAGCUAAGGUUGCAGUCAGCUUCCACUGUAAAACUUAAGCCAACUUUUGGAUUUGAAAAUACUAGUCCUCAUACGCCAAAAUUUAUUGCCUCUCGGAGCUUCUUCGCUUUUUACUGUUUGAAAAGCAAAUCCUGACUUACCUGUUUCCCUUCUAAAAUUAAGUUGUUUAUUAUUCUUUCAUGUUCCCUGAAGUAGUAUCAUUAAUCUCAAAGUGGCCAUGUUUAAAAGAAAUAAAUUUAUAAUGAAACCA